UUCUCCUUUACCAUUUUGUUUAAUUCUCUAGAAUUCUUCUCCUGCUGUUGACUUCAGGACUAUGAAUCAAGCACAUUAUACCAGUUUAAUAAAUGAUGAAACCAUAGCAGUUUGGAGGCAAAAACUCUCAGAACACAACAAUGCAAAUACAAUCAAUGGUGUUGUUCAGAUAUUAUCUUCUGCAGCCUGUUGGAAUGGAAGUUUUCUUGAAAAAAAAAUCGAUGAACACUUUAAAACAAGCCCCAAAAUUCCUGGAAUUGACCUGAACUCAACUAGGGUGUUAUUUGAGAAGUUAAUGAAUUCUCAGCACUCCAUGAUUCUAGAACAGAUUUUAAACAGCUUUGAAAGUUGCCUGAUUCCCCAGUUGUCAAGUUCACCACCAGACGUUGAAGCGAUGAGAAUCUAUUUAAUCCUGCCUGAGUUUCCCUUGCUUCAGGACUCUAAGUAUUACAUCUCACUGACAAUUCCCUUGGCUAUGGCCAUUCUGCGGCUGGAUACGAACCCCAGCAAAGUACUAGAUAACUGGUGGUCUCAGGUGUGUCCGAAAUAUUUCAUGAAGCUGGUAAACCUCUAUAAAGGUGCAGUCCUUUAUCUGCUGAGGGGAAGAAAGACAUUCUUAAUCCCCAUGCUGUUUAACAAUUAUAUUACAGCAGCUCUCAAACUCUUAGAGAAGUUAUAUAAGGUGAACCUUAAAGUGAAGCAUGUGGAAUAUGAUGCAUUUUACAUUCCUGAGAUUUCCAGUCUCGUGGACAUUCAGGAAGACUACCUCAUGUGGUUCUUGCAUCAAGCAGGGAUGAAGACUAGACCAUCUAUAAUACAGGAUGCUGUAACGCUUUGUUCCUACCCUUUCAUCUUUGAUGCUCAAGCCAAGACCAAAAUGUUACAGACUGAUGCUGAACUACAGAUGCAGGUAGCGGUCAAUGGAGCCAACCUGCAGAACGUCUUCAUGCUUCUCACCCUGGAGCCUCUGCUGGCCAGAAGCCCCUUCCUCGUCCUUCACGUUCGUAGGAACAACCUUGUUGGAGAUGCCCUAAGAGAGCUGAGCAUUCAUUCUGAUAUUGAUUUGAAAAAGCCUCUCAAA